GCUAGCUAAAGAAAGGUUCGCUAGCUUGUGGAAGUGAGAGGGUUCAGCGACACAACUCUGGAGAAUGACGUGCGCUGUCCUCCGCUUCCCUCACCGGCAGGACAUGCUGUUUGUAUCUUCCUAUUCUCCAACAAGCUUCUUCUAAAGCCGAGUGACUGGCCCCGACACAAGGCCUCCUGUCUACCUAGGAGGCCUUCCUCGGUCGGUGGGAGUAAAAUAACUGCUGGGUAGAGACACAGUUUUCUGAUAGCUCUGCUUGUGCCUUGAUUUUCUGCUCGUGCACAGCGGUCCUGGCAAGUCUUGCAUUUUAGCCCGACCGGAAGAUGGAGGUUACUAUGGACUACUGUCUGGAGCAGGUGAUGCAGAAGGACUUGGGGAAAAGGCUCCAGGUGGGUCAGGAGCUUAUCGACCACAUUCUGGAUCCGGAGAAGACCCCUGACCUGGAACAGGACCAGACCAUGCUGGACAGGAUGGUGGGUGGUGUUGCUUGCUCCUGGGUCAACUCCAGCAAUUUUAAGGUGGUUUUGCUGGGAAUGGACAUAUUGUCAGCUCUGAUUGACAGACUACAAGAGCGCUUUAGGACCCAGGUUGGAACUGUUCUGCCCAGUUUGAUCGAUCGUUUGGGAGAUGCAAAGGACCAAGUCCGAGACCAGGACCAGGCUCUCCUGUUGAAAAUUAUGGAUCAGGCUGCUAACCCACAGUACGUGUGGGAUCGAAUUAUUGGAGGCUUUAAGCAUAAGAACAACAGGACCAGAGAGGGACUCUGCCUAUGCCUCAUCUCUACCUUGAAUGUUUAUGGAGCCCAAAGUUUAACGCUGAGCAAGAUUGUGCCCCACAUCUGUAACCUCCUUGGGGAUCCAACAAGUCAGGUGCGUGAUGUGGCCAUGAGCUGCCUUGUGGAGAUCUACCGCCACGUCGGGGAGAGAGUGAGGAUGGACCUGGGGAAGAAGGGCCUGCCUCAGUCACGGCUGAAUGUCAUCUUCAGCAAGUUUGAUGAAGUCCAGAGGUCGGGGAACAUGGUGCCGUCGCCACUGUCAGAUAAGAACUUUGAGGACGAUGACUCGGUGGAUGGAGGCCGUUCCGCAUCCUCGUCCAAAGCAGCUUCGUCGUCCGGGAAGAAAUCAGUGAGCAUGGGUUCUUUCCGUCGGUCCAGCUCCAGCACCAAGUCCACAGGGAGAGAUGGGACGAGUGCCGGGGCCGUGGAUGAGGAAGACUUCAUCCGUGCCUUUGAGGAUGUGCCCCGCGUACAGAUUUACUCCAACAGGGAGGUGGAGGAGGCCAUGACCAAGGUGCGAGACGUGCUGUCAGAUGACAAGCGGGACUGGGAGCUGCGGGUGGCCGCGUUGAAGAAGGUGCGUUCCCUGCUCCUGGCCGGUGCGGCCGAGUUCGAUGGCUUCUCUCAGCAGCUGCGGCUGAUGGAGGCCGCUUUCAAGCUGUCAGCCAAAGACCUGCGCUCCCAGGUGGUGAGAGAGGCGUGCAUCACCCUGGGCCACCUGUCGUCUGUGCUUGGCAGUCGGUUUGACCACGCAGCAGAGGCCAUCAUGCCCAACCUCCUCAACCUGGUUUCCAAUAGUGCCAAAGUCAUGGCCACCUCUGGCCUGGUCACUAUCCGAAUCAUCCUUCGACACACCCACUUCCCGCGACUCAUCCCUAUCAUCACCAGCAACUGUACCUCCAAGUCAGUGGCUGUCAGAAGGCGUUGCUUUGAGUUCCUGGAUCUCAUAUUGCAGGAGUGGCAGACCAGUUCUCUGGAGAGGCAUGGAGCUGUUUUAAUGGAGACAAUCAAGAAAGGAAUCCAUGAUGCAGAUGCCGAGGCCCGUUCUGUGGCCAGGAAGUGUUACUGGGGUUAUCAUGGUCACUUCAGUCGGGAGGCAGAGCAGCUGUUCCAGAGUCUGGAGUCAUCCUAUCAGAAAGCCCUGCAGGCCCACCUGAGGAGCGCCGACAGCCUCAUGUCCCUGCCGGCGUCCGACCGCUCUUCCUCCUCCUCCCAGGAAAGCCUCAACCGUCCACUGCCCGCCAAGACCGGCGCUGGAGGAAACACGACCAGAUCCAAAGCCAGCCACUCCACCAGGACCCAGAGCUCAGCUGGCCCACCGGGCUCCCUCCAACGAUCCCGCAGUGACGUGGACGUCAACGCAGCCGCCAGCGCCAGCGCCCGCACCCGCAUGCCUGCCGUGCCCUCUUCCGUGCACUCUGCUGUGCCCUCCUCUGCCUCCCACUUCUGCUCGGCCUCCGCCCUCCCCCCCGGGUCCUACGCUUCACUCGGUCGAGUGCGGACCGGGCGACAGAGUUCGGGGAACAGCGUGUCCGUAACAGACAGCAGGAGGCGGAGCCGAGGCAAAGUGGUUUCCCAGUCCCAGCCCGGCAGUCGGUCAGGCUCUCCUGGCAGACUGCUGGGCUCUGCCUAUGGACGGAGCCCCAGACCGACCAUGGGGACGGCAGCGGCCUCCACCACCUCCACCAGCCUAACUGACAAGAGCAGGCCCCGCGGACACCGCAGCCAGGGCUGUAGCCGAGAGACCAGCCCCACCAGAUCCAACACGGACCGUCUGUCCCACCAGGCCCGCAUCUCGGCAUCCGUCAACGCCAUGAGAAUCCUCAACACGGGCACCGAGGUGGAGGCUGCUGUGGCUGAUGCUCUGCUGUUAGGAGACUCCAGGAGUAAGCGUCGACCAGUGCGACGGCGUUUCGAGUCACCCGGCAUCUACUCAGAUGACGAUGCCAACAGUGACGCCUCCAGCGCAUGCUCAGAGCGCUCAUACAGCUCACGCAAUGGUGGCGGGGCGCCCCACUUCCUGCGGCAGACAGAGGACGUGGCUGAGGUGCUGAACCACUGCGCCAGCGCCAACUGGUCCGAACGCAAGGAGGGCCUGCUGGGCCUCCAGAACCUGCUGAAGAGCCAGCGCAUGCUCAGCCGCGUUGAGCUAAAGAGGCUUUGUGAGAUUUUCACCCGGAUGUUCGCCGACCCACACAGCAAGAGAGUGUUUAGCAUGUUCCUGGAGACUCUGGUGGACUUCAUCACACUCCACAGGGAAGAUCUGCAGGACUGGCUCUUUGUCUUGCUCACCCAGCUGCUGAAGAAGAUGGGGGCUGACCUGCUGGGCUCUGUCCAGGCUAAGGUCCAGAAGGCCCUGGAUGUCACCAGGGAGUCCUUCCCAUUUGACCAGCAGUUUAACAUUCUGAUGCGAUUCAUUGUGGACCAGACCCAGACUCCAAACCUAAAGGUAAAGGUGGCGAUCCUUCGCUACAUCGAGGCCCUGGCACGGCAGAUGGACCCGGCUGACUUCGUCAACUCCAGCGAGACGAGACUUGCCGUUUCCCGUAUCAUCACCUGGACCACCGAGCCUAAGAGCUCCGACGUCCGCAAGGCAGCCCAGGUGGUUCUGAUUGCCCUGUUUGAGUUGAACACUCCAGAGUUCUCCAUGCUGCUGGGAGCACUGCCCAAGACCUUCCAGGACGGGACCACCAAACUCCUCCACAAUCACCUGAGAAAUACCAGCACCAACACUGCCAUGGCGUCUCCUAGCAGCUCGGCGGGGCGAACGUCUCCACGUCACCCCAGCAGUCGCAGCAGUCUCCUGACCUCCCCUACCAACUGCUCCCAUGGGGGGCUUUCUCCCAGUCUCCUGGAGUUGGACAGUGAGAACCUGAAUUCAGAGGAGAUCUUCAGCUCUCUGCGAGGCGUCACAGAGGCCAUCCAGAACUUCAGCUUCCGCAGCCAGGAGGACCUGAUGGAGCCCCUCCGACGGGACGGCAAGAGAGACGGCACGUCUGGAGUUGGGGCAUCAUCAGAUUCAGACCUACGGCUUGGCGGUGAAGUGCUGGAGGGGGGUCGCACUGCCCUGGACAACAAGACAUCUCUGCUGAACACACCCUCACCGCGUUCCUUCUCCGGACCGCGUUUCCGGGACUACAACCCUUACAACUACACGGACAGCAUCAGUGCCCUGGACAAGGCUGCCCUGCGGGAGGCGCUGUACGAAGACAUCGCUGAGCAGCACCGGGAUGACCGCCGGCAAGAAUGUGUUGAAAACAAGAUCCUGCACCCAAAGACCUUCCCUGCAGGACCCACUGAGCAGCUGGAGCUGGUCGGGGAGCUGCUAAAGGACUUGUCCCAGGGCCCCGCUGGAGAGCGGGGGGGAGAGGAGCGCCGCGCAGCCCUGCUGGAGCUCCUGAAGGUGGCCAGGGAGGACAGCCUGGCCGUCUGGGAGGAACACUUCAAGACAAUGUUGCUGCUUCUGCUGGAGAUGCUGGGAGACAAAGAUCACACCAUCCGAGCCCUGGCCCUUCGCGUCCUGAAGGAAAUGCUGAGGAACCAGCCAUCUCGCUUCAAGAACUACGCCGAGCUGACCAUCAUGAAGACCCUGGAGGCCCACAAAGACUCCCACAAGGAGGUGGUGCGUGCUGCGGAGGAGGCGGCCUCCACCCUGGCAGGCUCCAUCCAUCCGGAGCAGUGCCUCAAGGUGUUGUGUCCCAUCGUCCAGACAGCCGACUACCCCAUCAACCUAGCUGCCAUCAAGAUGCAGACCAGAGCCAUCGAACGCAUCGCUAAGGACUCACUCCAUCAGCUGCUGCCUGACAUCAUCCCUGGACUUCUGCAGGGUUAUGACAACACAGAGAGCAGCGUGAGGAAGGCCAGUGUCUUCUGCCUGGUGGCCAUUUACUCUGUGAUAGGAGAGGAGCUGAAACCCUACCUGGCCCAGCUCACCGGCAGCAAGAUGAAGCUGCUGAACCUGUACAUCAAGAGGGCCCAGACCUCCACCAGCAACAGCAGCAGCUCCUCAGAUAUCUCCUCCUACUGAGCCUCCCUGAGCUUCUUUUUCAGAGGCCUUAUGUGUGGGACCACCUUCCUCCUCUGUCAGUCUACAGUGGACCUGAAGCCAUCUUGGAAACUGAGGUAAACCUGGUGGCCAAGAUGUCUUUGAGCAACCGGAUGCUGAGCCCAAAACGGUCGUCUUUCCCUAAUACACCCAUACCGCCCUUAACCUUAGAUUUUAAAGUCAUCGUAGCACAAGGACCUUCUUCUGCCAACACGAGAUGAAAUUAAGGGAAACUCGGGAGCGGAGAUGUUUUUGAGGGACCAGGCCUGGCGUCUGAAAUAUAUAUGUAAUUUUUUUUUUUUUUUUUUUUUUUUAGACGGGCUCAGUGCUACUACACUUCUUUUUUUUCCAAUUUUUCAUUUUGGACGUAAGGUGACUUUGGGGAGGGAGAUAUUUUGGAGCGAUCGCGGGCCUGUAACCGUUCUUCACACAUCUCCUCUGCUAUAAUCUGUUACAUAAACUCACCGCAGCAGCUUUGGAGUUGCGCCGAUCUCUUUGAGGAAGCCUUUUUCUGUCCAUGGCGGCUGAUGAGGACUGCGGAUGGCCCGCCGUCUGCUUCACACACACUUCCUCUGUUCUUCUUCUGCUCUUACAGCCUGCAUUCCUCAUCAGUGGCGAGGCGACCUCCUCGCCUAUGGCAGUCAGUAUUAAGUUUGUAGUUGGAGCGUUGUACCUUAACUCCACGCCUUUGAAGAAUAUUUGCUUUGACACAUCAUACCCUGUAGUAGACUGAAUGUAAAGAGCUUUGAAUGAGUACAAAUCUGAACUUUAUUUCUUCCUUUCUGAACUACUGCCUCGGUGCAGCUGGUGUACUGAGUCAGUCUUAAAGGAUUUAGGAUAUUUGUGUUUCUGAAUGUAGGCACUCAGUGGUUUCAGUAGUGCUGUGCCGUAUCAGGCGGGUGCUUGGCACCAGCUGUCUGAAGGCUUUGUUCAAGGGUUCCUGUGAAGAGGAGAUGAAGUGGUUCCUAAAUACUGAACCCAUUAAAGACUGUGACAGUAGAAAAAUAAUCAAAUUUCUGUUUCCUGGCUGCGCAGGGUUUACCGACUACAGGUUUUAGCUGCAGUAAAUAGCAAUGACUGCAUUGACCAAAUGCACCAUUUUCAUUCUGACUGAAAGCUGGUUUGGUCGGCCGGUGAUCACACCCAGAAACCCAGCGACCAGCUGGGGGUUUGGCUUCAGAAAGGGGUUUUUGAAGUGAAAAAGUCCAGUCUCUAACAGUAAGGUUUUCAAAAAGCCCUGAAACUCAGUCCCGGAAAUGAACGUCUGAUCUGCCGGUUCAACUUACACUAAAAACACGUCUGCGCCGCCGGUGCCACGUGAUGGCAUCACUCCUCCUAUGAGCGUCCAGAUGAAGGCCGGCUUCUGACGGAGCGAGGAGUUCGAUGGUGGGGAACUUCUGCUGUCGUUGGCUUGAGAGCCGUCAAGCCGUCUAGUGGAGACUACUGUGAUUUGUCAAGUUUCAUUCCAAAAUACUAAACAGCAUGUCAGAAAUACUGUCCAGCGCCUCCGCUGGGUCUAAAACACUACGAGAUGCAGGUUGAUCAGGAACGAGGCGAGCAGGCAGCAGGAAUCCAAAACAGAAAGGAACUUGAUUUAUGGAAACUUUGCUAGCCAAGUGCUGAAGAAUAUUUAUUUAUAAAAUCUGAGCACCAUUUUAACACAAGCCAGCAGUUGUUUAGUAAUUAUUUUAUUCUAGAUAAUUGUGUAUUACAGUGUUUUGGAAUUACCAGUUAUUCCUAAAUUGAAUGUAAAUUGCUCGGAAGAGACCUGGACCUUUUAAAAAUGUGAAAUUUUAGCAUUACGCUUUCACACAAGAAAGCCAACAAACAACAGCUAAAUCGAAGAGGGGGGAUGGACAGUCUUACUUAAAAGAUCAUAUUCGGUCAUAUGUUGACAAAUUGUGGUGUGCCAGCACUUGGGGAGCCACUAUUGAUGAACAAGGUAAGAGGACUUUGUAAAUGAGGCUUUGUCUUCGGAAAUUAGCAAUAACUCUGAGAAACCCAGCUCGGGUCUUCACGUCGAAGCACUGUAGAUGUCCCUGUAGUUUUGUAAGAGACACUCUGACUGGUCAGUGUUUUUUUUUUAAGUGCACCUCCGAUAUGUUACUGCUGCUGAGCGACUCCUAACUCCGCCUAACAAACUCCUAACUCCACCUAACAAACUCCUAACCCCACAUAACAAGCUCCUAGCUCCACCUAACAGACUCGCUGUAGCUCGACACUUAACCAUCCGUGUUGAGAAACGGACUGAAAACUGAACAGACUUUUUUUUGGGGGGGAUGUUUUCCCCUUUCUCUCCCCAGUUGUACUUGGCCAAUUACUCCACUCUUCCGAGCCGCCCCGGUCACAGGUCCAUCCCCUUUGCUGAUCCGAGGAGGGCUGCAGACUACCACAUGUCUCCUCUGACACGUGGAGUCACCAGCUGCUUCUUUUCACCUGACACGUAGGACUUUCAACAGGGGGACGUAGCGCGUGGGAGGAUCACGCUAUUCGGGGGUAAUAUGGGAGAACAGAGUCUUUUCAUGAAAUCCUCAAGCUUUCCUCACUGGGUGCAGCCGAGUUGGUCAAACCUCCCAGAAUGCGGGGGUGUCCGGGUGGCAUGGCGGUCUAUUCCGUUGCCUACCAACACGGGGAUCACCGGUUCGAAUCCCUGUGUUACCUUCAACUUGGUCGGGCGUCCCUACAGACACAAUUGGCCGUGUUUGCAGGUGGGAAGCCGGAUGUGGGGAUGUGUCCUGGUCGCUGCACUAGCGCCUCCUCUGGUUGGUCGGGGCGCCUGUUCAUGGGGGAGGGGGAACUGGGGGGAAUAGCGUGAUCCUCCCACGUGCUACAUCCCCCUGGUGAAACU